AUGGCGAGUGCACCACAAGUCGCCUGUACCACCCUCGGCCUCUUCAUCCUUGACCGCUUCGAGUGGCGUACCCUGGGCGACGACGGCUCGGUCGAGGCGACCACGCGCGAGGACGACAUCGUCGGCGGCGGCGGCACCUACGCGAUCCUCGGCUCGCGCAUGUGGCUGCCGGCGCAGCGGGUCGGUAUCGUCGUCGACCGCGGCAACGACUGGCCGGCCAAGGUCGAGCGCGAGCUGAGGGCGUACGGCGACGACAUGUGGGAGUUCCGCGACAAGCCCGACGAGCCGACGACGCGCGCCCUCAACCUGUACACGGGCGAGCAUCGAGGCGACCAUUUCCAGUACCUCACCCCUCGCAAGCGCCUCGAGCCAGAUGACCUCCCUCCCCGGCUCCGCACCGCCCAGUACCUGCACUUCGUGUGCUCGCCGACCCGGUCCCUCGUCAUCGCCUCGCAGCUGUCGCCCGACUUCUCGCCCUCGCUCGUGUACGAGCCCAUCCCGGACCGCUGCGUGCCCGCCGAGCUGCCCGCCCUGCGCGAGGUGCUCCCGCGCAUCAAGGUGUUCAGCCCAAACCACGAGGAGGCCGCCGCCUUCUUCGGCAUCGGCGUCGGCGAGGUGGCGGCGAGCGGGCGCAGCGGGAUCGAGGACGUCGCGAGGAGGUUCUUCGCGCUCGGGGCGGCAGACGUCGUCCUGAUCCGGAGCGGGCCGCUCGGCGCGUACGCGGUGCGGAGAGGGAGGGAGAGCGAGGGCGUGUGGGUCCCGGCGUACCACUCGUACGAGGACGGGAGGGCGACGGGCAAGGUCGUCGACGUGACGGGCGCGGGCAACUCGUUCUUGGGCGGGCUCAUGGCCGGUCUCGUGCGGCAUCCAGACGACCUCGUCUCGGCCGUUCAGUGCGCAUCCAUCUCUGCCUCUUUCACGAUCGAGCAAUUCGGGCUGCCGCAGCUCUCGCUCGCCGACGACGGCACCGAGCUGUGGAACGGCGUCAACCCGGCGGUGCGGCUCGACGAGAUGCGGCGGCUGCAAGGGGAACAGCAGGGGUCGCUGUAG